AUCCAGGCACUCUGUAUCACAUACUAUCCGUGGCAAAUAACCUUGCCACUUAUUGAAGUGACCAUCAGUAUGGCGUAUACCGACGAAUCUGUAAAGGCAAAACUCUCUGCUCUCAACGAGACGCAGGAGAGCAUUGUUACUGUCGCGCAAUGGGUGCUGUUUCACAGGAGACACGCUGAGAAGACUGCGCAGCUUUGGCUGCAACGACUGAAGGAUUCCGGCGCAAACAAACGACUCAACCUCAUUUAUCUUGCCAAUGAGGUCGUUCAGCAAUCCAAGGCGCGGCGAAAGGAAGACUUUCUCAUUGCAUUCUCGCCGAUUAUCGCAGACGCAGCAGCAACCGCAUACAAAGGCUCUACCAAUGAAGUCCAGCAGAAGCUUCGCCGAGUAAUCGAAGUGUGGAGGCAACGGCAGAUUUUUGAGCUGCCGAUUCAGGACGCAAUUGAGGCCCGCAUCGACGAGCUCGACAAAAAUCGAUCGUCAGGAAAGAAACCUGCCCUGGGUGGGUCGCUGUUUUCAACCUCUUCUGGCCCGUCCGCUCCAAUGGAACUCCAGCCACUUGUUCCUCUCCAGUUGUCGCUCUCGAAAGCUUCCAUGCCGGCAAAAUCUGCCCUUUCCUCAGCCAAUUCAGAAUAUGAUAAGCUCAUGGACCCGGCCACACCGGCACCCACUCCUCCAGUGCAUGCCGCGCGAUUGAGUGCUCUACUCAAAGCGCUUGCGAAUGCCGAGGGGGCGGUCACCGAAAGCAUCAAGGCACGUCGCGUCCUCAUUGACGGCCUCGAAAAGAUCCUUGAUACCAACAGAGCUGCGCUCAAUGCCGACGAGUCCGAAGAACUCCAGGUCAGCAGCCGCAAGGCUAUUAUUGAAGCAAAGAAGCGCGAAGUGGAGGAUGGUAUUAUGCGCGGUCUUUCGGCGGAGUCUUCGCCUGCAAUCCAUGGCAUUGAAGAAGGUGGAGCCACUGAAGCUGUCGAGCCCGAGCGGCCAAUGGUAGAGGAAUUAACGCCACCUCCCGUCGAAGCGUUGACACCGACCGGCACCCCGCCGCCAGAGAUUGAGCAAGCUGCAACUACGACGACUGGUGCGGAUAUUAUCCACGAGACGCAGCCAGACCAUACCGAACCCCCUCCGGCUUUCCCGCCACCCUUGAUCCCUGCAAUCGCGACGGCCAAUCCACCGGGUUCGGAUCUGCUUUCCAGCUUGGCUGGACCUUUUGCUCGCCGCCAUUCCGGCAACCCCCCGAACGGCACAGAUUCGGGAUCGAACAAGAGACGCAGAGUCGAGGAAAAUGAUGACUUUGCAGCUUUUGGUGGAGGCGACGCCAUGGAUGGUCUUGACGCCGAUGUGGCAGAGAUGCUGAGAAGAGAAAGCGCAGGCCGAUAAGCCCAGGCUCCAACAAUUUCGAUUUUUUCUUCUUCUUUGUUUUGCUUUGCGGUAUUCGAAGUCGAUGAAGCCGGGGUCUUUUUUUCUAAAGGGCAGAUGCCCCUUUGUACUUGGGUUUUCUUGAAAGUUUGUACGCUAAAGAAGGUAUAAAUAUCCUGAUCGAAGCAGAUCAGAAACGUCAAUUGGUUUUGCCAGCCUUGUCUUUCAUUUAUUAAAAUUUCUUGUUAUAUCAAGACGC